GGCUUAAGGUGAUAGCCUUCCCUUCUGCCUGCUGCUGCCUGCCCACUCCAAGCAGCCUGCCUGUUCGGUGCAGACUGUGCCAUAGGCUAAAGAGAAGGAGAUUGGCUUCACUGAGAAGAAUUACAGGCUGCUAGGUUUGCCUGCGUUACUUGCUAGUUGGAAGUUGCCUGCUCAUGUAAUGCACUCACUUACUCAGGAAAUCAGAAGCUUCUCCAGGAAAAAUCUUAAGAAGCAAUGCACAAGGGUAACAACUUUAACGGGGAAGAGAAUUAUAGAGACAUGGAAAGAUGCCCGAAUGCAGGUGGUGGAAGAAGCAGAGCCAAGUGAUGGGUUUGGUUGUGGUUACGUACAGGACCUUAGCUUGGACCUGCAGGUUGGCGUUAUUAAGCCCUGGUUGCUGCUAGGAUCACAAGAUGCUGCUCAGGAUCUGGAGACAAUGAAAAAAUAUGGGGUUACUCAUGUCCUAAAUGUGGCAUAUGGAGUUGAAAAUGCCUUCCCCAAUGACUUUAUAUACAAGAAUAUUUCUAUACUGGAUCUCCCUGAGACUGACAUCACAUCGUAUUUCCCGGAAUGUUUUGAGUUUAUUGAGCAAGCCAAGAUGCUGCAAAUGGUGCUAGUGAUUUUUCUCAAUGGAAGUGAGAUAUUUCAUCUGACUGGACCUCUUGCCAGGUCACAGACUAAGAUGCAGGCAUCACAAAGUUUGUUUAAGGAUGGAGUGGUGUUGGUUCACUGUAAUGCAGGAGUUUCUCGUGCUGCCGCAAUCAUCAUUGGUUUUUUAAUUAAUUCAGAAGGACUCAAUUUUGCUAGGGCAUUUUCUUGGGUGAAAAAUGCAAGACCUGCUAUCUGUCCAAAUCCUGGCUUCAUGGAGCAGCUUCACAAGUACCAAGAGUGCAGUAAAAAGGCAAAUGGAAGCAUAAAUGAUCACAAAUGAUAAAAUGAGAGAAAUGCAUGCAACUAUCAGUGUGGUUAUUCUGUAACAAAUGUGCUGGCAUAGCAUACCUUAAACUGUCAUUUCUGAAUUUAAAUAGCUAUGUAUGAGGGGAGGGUAAAUUCAUUUCCCCCACAGUUAAUUCUUCAGCUUUUUAGUCUAAAUAGACUGUUACACUAGUUGGUCCAGACAUCAAGUUGCUAAGAGACCAGCUUUUCCCCUGAUAUUCUUCCAUUGACUUCAGAGAAGAUUUGGCCCAAGGACACAUUUUUCCCAGAGUGGUGAAAAAAUGAUCAAACAAGUUUUGGUUUGUUUGAAAUAUCAGAUAGAACAGAAUGGUAGGUUUUCAUUGAACUGUCUGUGGAGGUAGCAAUAGAAAAAUAAAAUAAAAUGCAGGCUCAGAUAAUAAAGUUACCCCAUCUACUUUAAUACCAAGUCCAAUCUUUAUCCAUUCUAGUGGGUUAUAAAAUCUA